AUGCUUGAAUUAACAGUUUUGUUGGUGGCAUUAUUAGUAGGAUAUUAUACCUACAAAUGGAUUAUUUAUCCAUUAUAUCUUUCACCUCUUUGUAAAAUUCCUGGUCCACCACCCGACCACUUUUUGUUGGGAAACUUUUUUGGAGCACCUCAGUUAAAGUGGACCAACGAUUAUGGAGGAAUUAUUUGUUAUCGAGGAUUAUUUAAUGAACCUCAAAUAUCAAUUACCGAUCCUCAAGCUUUGCAAAAAGUGUUGGUCUCCGAUGUUUAUGAUUAUCAUAAACCAAUACUUUUCUCUAUGAAGAAAAUUAUAGGAGAAGGAAUUCUACUAGCUGAAGGAGAUGAAAUGAUUCCUACUUUUGCAGAAAUAAGUCAUUUAUUAAAAGAAAUUUGGAUGAAAGAAUUAGAUGAUAACAAAGAAAGAAAAAUUGAUAUCAUGCCAUGUAUAUCAAAAGCUACACUUGAUAUUACUGGAAAAGCUGGCUUCAAUCUUCAAAUUAAUUCUUUAACAUCCGAAAGCGAACUUGCAUCAGCCUACAAUAUGCUUACUAAUAAGAAUGCGGGGACGGGGAAAUCGUUGAAUAAUAUAAUUGUUUUCCUCUCAAAUUUUUUUCAAAUAAUCCAUAAACUUCCUCUUAAGUAUAUUUAUAUGCUGAAAGAAGCAUCAAAAAUUGUUGAAAAAGAAUCAUCAAAGUUGGUGAAUGAGGGUUUAGAAAAGGCCAAACAGGGAAAUUUACAGGGAAAUGAUAUUUUAUCUGUUUUGAUAAAAAUGAAUGAAGAAGAAAAAGAUAAUGAGAAAAUGUCUUUUGAUGAACUUAAAUAUCAAAUAAUGACAUUCCUUGCAGCAGGUCAUGGAACGACAA